CUGCUUCUUCUCUCUCUUUUUUUCUCUCCUCCCUCUCUCCUCCCUCUCUUUACUUCAUUCUUUCAGACACAGCCAAACUUGGAAUGCUUCCUGGGGAGUGGCCCUGCUUGUCUUAUUCCCCAGCCAAAGGGGGGACUGACUGAAAAAGGGUGAAGACAUAUUCAACUACUGCUAAAGGAGACGGUAGGAAAAGACAGAUCACUGCAUCUAACAUGCUGCCUUUGGGACCCAAGCUUCUGCUGUGCCUCAUUGCACUCUUCAUCCCCUCUGAUUGGAUCCUACUAGGAGUUAAUGGUCAGCGAGGAGAUGAGACAACUCAAGAGACAUUUACAGAUGAUCCUGAUCUGGUGGUGAAUGAUGCUCCAACAGAUGACACAGUUCUUGUUGAUGUUGUGCCUUCCAUAGAUGAUCAGGCCAUCUCCAGUGAUAAAAACGCCAGUGCAGAAUGCCGGGAGGAGCAGUUUCCCUGUACUCGCCUGUACACAGUGCGUCGGCCAGUGAAACAGUGCAUCCAUCAACUAUGCAUCGUCAAUUUCCGCCGGACGUAUAUGAUCAAUAAGGAAAUCUGUUCCAGGCUCAUCUGUAAAGAACAUGAGGUUAUGAAAGAUGAACUUUGCCGUCAGAUCGCUGGUCUUCCUCCAAGACGUCUCCAACGUUCCAACUACUUCCGUCUCCCCGUUUGUGAAGAUGUGGAGGUGGAGAGGCCCAAUGGCCUGUGAUCAUUAAUGAAGAAGAAUGGAAAAGGGGGGCAAGAGGGAGGAAAAGGAGCCUUUUAUUUCCUAGGUCAGCUCACCUGUAGACAUCGUGAUGUUUUGAUCAGGUUCCUCUGCCCUCUCCCAUGACCUCUGAUCCAAACUGCCCUUGUUGGGCUCUUUCUUCAGCACUUCAAGUGGUGCUGCCAAUCUGUAAUGUCACUGUAUAAUAGGGAUACCUAAUGACUACAUAGCUGACCUGGAUUCCAGGAUGGUGGGAUGUCAAGUAGAUGACAUAUAGGGAGGGAGUCUAUUCUUGGCAAUCUAGAGAAUUUUGUAUACCAUAUUGCUUUCAAAGAACCCUGGAAACCUUGUUUCCCCUAGUAGCUCCCCUUUGUCUAUACAUCCGUCCUUACUCCUCUUUUGACUUGUCUAUAGUACUAGCUAAAGUUUUAGCAUUUGCCUAUUAAACCCUCUCUGGGGGGAAAAUGAUGGUGCUUUCCAACAUCUGGUGUUCUUCUCAGAGAGCUAUAGUUCCUUUGAGAAUAUUUAAACAAAACCUAAGAUUUUUGAAAAAUUUGGGUAUGAGUCUGAGGACCAAACCAAAUAAGGGCCUAGGACCUCUCUCCUAUGAUCAGAUCUGACAAUGUAGCUGGAAGUCAGGUAUCAUUUAGUGACUCAUUCAUUCAUACGUUAGUUCAUUCAUUCAGCCAAGCAUUUAAUGAUUAUUUUAUUGACUUUUCAUGCAACAGGGAAUCCCAUUAAUCCAAAGAGCUCUAACUGGAAUAGCUGAGUCAUUUCUAAUUACCAGGAAAUAAGCUCUGCCUUUGUUGACCCAUUUUCAUGACCUGUGCUAAGUCUGUGAGGAAGUAUAUAAAUAAUGUGGAUUUACAGCCCAUGGGGAAGAUUUGGGAUGUUUGACUUAUCAAAUAUUGUGAUUAGCUUAGAAAGCAAAACAUUAAUAUUGAAACAGAAAAGAGUAGAAGUGAGUAUAAUCCAGAAAAAUGGAACUGGAAUGAGAUUAUGAAGGAAUUCAUUCCAGUAAAGGAAAUAAAAAUUGAUGUGUCAUGGUGGAGAAAUAGUUUCCCAAAGAAAAUCUUGAAGAAAUGUUUUGGAGGCUUUAUAAAACCCACAGAGAAAAAGCUUACUGUUGAAGAAUCAUUGAUAAAUUCCACAGAGAAAAUAUCAGAUAGAUACCCUAGAGGAAUGAUUUUUUUUAUUAUGUUAAGAUAUUCCAAUAUAAAAAAGACUGGAAAGUAGGUCAUUGUAUUGGGUAAGUGGUAAGAUAUGGGCAAGAUGGCACAUCAUCCACAAGAGAAAUUCCUAAUACCAGGCCAAAGAUAUGAGUUUCUAUUAGUGCAGGCCAUGAUGCUUCUUCCCUCUUGCUCCAAUUCUCAAAAUACAUAAAAUAUGAACUAUUCCAUACACUAGCAUUUGUAUUUGGGCUUGGGAAAGGGGUAUCAGAACUGAAUCAUGCUGGGUAGAUAUUAGAUUUCUUGGAAUGAUGAAUGAAAAGACCUGAACUAAAAUUUCAGGAGACCUGGUUUAUAGUCUUGUCUCUCCAAGUAGUCAGCUGUGAUCAUAGACGAGUCAUCACUAACCCUCAUUUUUGUCCUUUGCAAAAUGAGGGAGUUGGAAUUCCUCCCAAUUCUAUGAUUCUAUGGAUUAAAAUUUCAGUAUUAAUCUCUCUUGGGGUCUAGAUACCAGAAACCUGUUCUGGCUCCAAAAACAUAGCUGUCUCCUAUUAUUUGGGAACUAAUUCACUCUAUAUUAGGACAAAUAGUCUACUAUGUAAAGGGCAGAUUCUUGCCCACAUAAGGGCCAAGUUUUUUUUCCGAAGGAUCUUUCUGGCUACAGGGAUGAGUUCAUUAAUUUCUAGGGAAUAGUGCUAUGGUCCAAUAAGUUGUUGGAGACUAUCAUUUAAAGACUGAGACACUUUGCUGUUGUGACAUAUGUCCAUUCUUCAGGGAUUACAUGCCUCAAUUCUGAGAAGUCUUAUUCAUUUAAAAAAGUAGCAGAAUGCAAAUUGGUAUGGUCAUCAAGGACAAUUUUAUGGGAUUUUAGCUAGAAAGAUGCCAGAAAAAACGUGAAGUUCUGUUCUUCCUUUGCUCUGUUCCAUGAGGUCUGUAGGGUUGAAUGUAGACAUACAUAGAGACAAACAUAUUAACUGUAUUCUUUAAACACUGCACAGGAACUUCAUGGGUACAAAGUUUCUGAGAGGCAUUUAAGAAUCCUUUCUAGUACUUGAACCUCUUGUUGUAUGCAGGACUAGAGGUAGUAUUCCCUUGGGAAAGUGCCUCAAUCCUGGUAAUAUGUAUAAUGGAUAACAAAAUGAUGAAAAGAAAACAUCAUUUCCCUUUGUACUGGAAAGUAA